CUUUCGCAAUCGCACACAUCUACCAAACAAACAGAUCGCCCCUUAAUUCACUCCAGUUCGAUUUAAAUCCCUUCAAUUUCUUUGGAGUUCGUUUGAUGGCACCGAAGGCCGAAAAGAAGCCGGCUGAGAAAAAACCGGUGGCGGAGAAAUCUCCAGCCUCGGCGGAGAAGAGACCAAAGGCGGAGAAGAAGAUCUCGAAGGAAGGCGGCGAGAAGAAGAAGAAGAAGAUAAAGAAGAGCAGCGAGACAUAUAAGAUCUACAUUUUUAAGGUGUUGAAACAGGUGCAUCCUGAUAUUGGGAUAUCAAGUAAAGCUAUGGGGAUUAUGAACAGUUUUAUUAAUGAUAUUUUCGAGAAACUUGCACAAGAGGCAUCUCGAUUGGCUAGGUAUAACAAGAAACCAACUAUUACAUCUAGGGAAAUUCAGACUGCUGUGCGAUUGGUUCUUCCUGGAGAGCUCGCAAAACACGCUGUUUCUGAAGGGACUAAAGCAGUUACCAAAUUUACUAGCUCUUAAUGGAAUAGUUUUCUGAGAGAUUCAGCCUGAUGUUUGAAUCAGAAAAUUAGUUUUCUUUUCCCCUUUUUCUGUUGUUGAAUAUAUUUUUUUUAAAUGGUUGGUUGGAAAUAAUCUCUCGCCUUUUCUCUUCCUCUGAUUGAAUGUACAGGGAAAUGUUCUCGUUGAUUAAUUAGAUUUAAUAAUAAUUAGUUUUGAAUCGUGGGAUGAAUUUAAUUUGGAAAAA